UCCUUUUCUUUACAAUCAAAAUGAGAAGAAGCUUAGGGAAUUUGGGGCAAUUGCCUCUAUUAGCAUUUGCUUUGGCAAUUUGCUUUGUAGCUAGCACUGUUGUUGCUGAUUACUCUUAUGGCUAUACUUCUCCUUCACCUACUUACACCACUAAGAAGUACUACAAAUCACCAUCUCCAUCUCCAUACUACAAGAAACCGGAGAAACAUGCUGAACAUUCUCCGUCACACUAUUACAAAUCCCCUACUCCUUCAAAGCAUUACUACAAAUCACCGGUAGUAGUGAAGUAUUACAAAUCGCCGGCUCCUUCAAAGAAAUACUACAAGUCGCCUUCCCCUUCAAAGUACUACUACAAGUCCCACACCCCUUCAAAGAAGUACUACAAGUCACCAUCCCCUACAAAGUACUACAAAUCUCCACCGCCUGCAAAAUACUACAAGUCACCUGCUCCAUCAAAGCAUUAUUACUACAAGUCACCAUCCCCUGCAAAGUACUACAAAUCUCCGUCGCCUGCAAAAUACUACAAGUCGCCUGCUCCAUCAAAACAUUAUUACUACAAGUCACCAUCCCCUGCAAAGUACUAUAAAUCUCCGUCACCUGCAAAAUACUACAAGUCACCUGCUCCAUCAAAGAACUAUUACUACAAGUCACCAUCCCCUGUAAAGUACUAUAAAUCUCCGUCACCGGCAAAUUACUACAAGUCACCAUCCCCUGUGAAGUACUACAAAUCUCCAUCACCUGUAAAAUACUACAAGUCGCCUGCUCCAUCAAAACACUAUUACUACAAGUCACCAUCUCCAUCACAAUAUUACAAAUCACCCGCUCCCUCUAAAUACUAUAAAUCGCCGCCACCACCACCAACAUAUUACAAGUCACCAGUUUAUUACAAGUCUCCACCACCACCACCAACUUAUUAUGAGAAAUCACCUUCUUACUACAAAUCCCCUCCACCUCCACCAUAUUACAAAGAAUCUACCCCUUACUACAAGUCCCCUCCACCUCCACCAUACUACAAAGAAUCUACCCCUUACUACAAGUCCCCUCCACCUCCACCAUACUACAAAGAAUCAACCCCUUCCUACAAAUCCCCACCACCUCCACCAUACUACAAAGAAUCUACCCCUUACUACAAGUCCCCUCCACCUCCACCAUACUACAAAGAAUCUACGCCUUCCUACAAGUCCCCACCACCUCCCUCAUACUACAAAGAAUCUACACCUUCCUAUAAAUCACCUCCACCUCCCCCAUACUACAAAGAAUCUACGCCUUACUACAAGUCCCCUCCACCUCCACCAUACUACAAAGAAUCUACGCCUUCCUACAAGUCCCCACCACCUCCCCCAUACUACAAAGAAUCUACCCCUUCCUAUAAAUCACCUCCACCUCCUCCAUACUACAAGGAAUCUACCCCUUCAUAUAAAUCUCCUCCACCUCCCCCAUAUUACAAAGAAUCUACGCCUUCCUACAAAUCCCCACCACCUCCACCAUACUAUAAAGAAUCUACCCCUUCCUAUAAAUCACCUCCACCUCCCCCAUACUACAAAGAAUCUACACCUUCCUAUAAAUCACCUCCCCCUCCACCAAAGUACUAUGAGCAAUCGCCUACAAAAUACAACUCACCACCUCCACCAUCACCAAUCUAUUAUUAGCAAACUCCCACCUAUGCCUCACCCCCAUCCUCGCCAACGUACCACUAAACAUUCAAUAACUCUAUUGUUUCCAUGAUUUUUACGGUCUAUUUUGAUUCCAUUUCCCUUCCAAAAUUUAAUGUAUGUUAGUCGAAAUGAUCGACUUUAUUUAUCGUGUGUUCGAUAUUGUUUUGUUCAAAUAGUUUAUAUGAUGUAUUACUUGAGAAUUAAUUAAGUAUUCCUCAUUGUAUCAAGAUUAAUAGUUUGUUAUUUAUUUUCUCUUCUUUGUGUAAUAGUUUUGUAUUCAAAUCGUUAAAUGAAAUGAGGUGGUAUUGUCCCUA